AUGCUGACAGGGGGGGCCUUAAACCUGGGGGCCUCGGCUCCCCCCCAGAGCCUAGCGCCCCCCACCGGCGUCCCCCCCCGGGCCAACCACGGGACCCCCUCCCAGGUGUCUGGAGAGGGUGAUGGGGGGCCCCCAGGUGCCCCUUCAAAAGCUCCCCUUGACAUAGGAGGUGGGAGUGCAUGUUGGCCCUGUACCCACCCGCAGCUGGAGGGUCCUCCAUCCUUAUCUGCUUCCGCUGCAGCAGCAGCAGCAGCAGCAGCAGUGUCUACUUCUUCUGUGUAUAUUGCUGCAGGGGCCCCCCCCUCACCUAAAUGGGCCUAUGUCUCUGCUCCUGCUGAACAGGGUACUGACCAGAGGUUGUCUCUUUUAAGUACUGCAAGCGAAAGCACAGCAGCACCGCUGCUGCCUGUGGCGGGGGGCCUAAGACCAAGCUCCCCUGAGAGGGGUCCCCUGGGGGGCUCCCCUACCAUUGCUGCUGGUACCCAGGAAGCGUCCGCGGGGGACUCUCCAAGAGGUGCAGCUGCUGCUUCUGCUGAAAAAGCAGCAGCUGCGAACAGAACAACCGGCCUUGAGGGAAGUGGGCAACAGCAGCAGCAGCAGCGGCAGCCAGUCGUGCUGGUGACUUCCGAUCAGAAACCUCAGCAGAAGGGACAACAGCUGCAGCUACAGCAGCAACAGCAACAGCUGCUGCAGGAGCAGCAACAACAGCAGCAGCAGCAGCAGCAGCUUCAACAGCUGCACCAGCGUCAACAGCAGCAAGAGCAGCAACAGCAGCAAGUACGUCGCCUUUUUAUUAGCACUGAAGACAGUUUGCCGCAGCAAGAUGCCCCCACAGACGACGGUCUGCUGCUGCAGCAGAGCAGUCCCUUUUGUUUUGAAGAUACGGCGGGGCCAUACAGAGUAACCCCGCAACAGCAGCUGCAACAGCAGCAACCGCGACAGCAGCAGCUGCAACAACAGCAACUGCAACAACAGCAUCUUAAACAACAGAAAGUGCAGCAACAGCAACUGCAACAGCAGCUGCUGCAACAGCAGCAGCUGCAACAGCAGCUGCAGCAACACCUGCAGCGCCAACUUAAUGAAAACCAGCAACAGCAGCAGCAGCAGCAGCAGGUAUUUAACCCUCCCAGUGGCCUCACACUAUCUGCCCUUCAGCCCGGACUAUGCAAGAAUGCUGCCCCUGAGGAUAGUGCAUUUUUAGGUACAGGGGACGAGAUGGCGCUACCGCUCGUACAGCAGCAGCAGCAGCAGCAGCAUCUAGGGUUCACUGUGCCUUCCUCAGGGGCAGGCAGCAGGAACUUCGAAGGGCUGCUUCAGCUCACUAACCAGUCAGUGAUGGAUGCUUUGGUGUCGCUUCUACAGCAGCGACAAUCUCAGCAGCAGCAACAACCGCAGCAGCAGCAGCAACAGCAGCAGCAGCAACAGCAACAGCAGCAACAGCAGCAGCAGCAACAGCAAUUUCCUCUGUCGCUCGUCGGUGGGGUUGCACAGCGCUCGUGGGGUUGCGAAGAUGCUGGGGUACCGACAGCUGGUGCUCCCUGGUUGCCCCUAAAGCAGCAGAAGCAGCAGCAGCAGCAGCAGCACGAGCAGCAGCAGCAACUUCUGCAACAGCAGCAUGGAACAGGAGGAGUCCAGCAAGAGGUCAUGCUGCGGCUGCUGCAACAUAUGAACAACUGUGGGGCAGUGGCCCACGUGGCCAUUGCACUGCAGCAGCAGCAGCAACAACAGCAGCAGGAGGCUAGCAUCAAGCGCAUGACCGAGAGCCUUGGGCUGUUGGAUCUCAGCGAUAGGCUCAGCAGCAUCAGCAGCGACGCAGUGGUGGGAGUGCCUUCGGAAGCAUCGAUUACAGCAGCACUGAAUCGACUUUCGCAGCCUGCAGUGCAGCAGCAGCAGCAGCAAAUGGAGGAGGAGCAGCAGCUGCUGCAACUGCGAUCUUGCUCAGGGAGGGGAAGCGAACCACUAGGUGAAGGCCGCAGCAGUGGGGGGGGAAGGCAGCGCCGCAGGAGAGAGAAGAGGAAAGAGGGGAGGAACUCAGUCCCCUUAACAGCAGGAGACUUGUCUGAGGGGGCAGCGCUGUCGCCUAACUGCAGGUUGCUAUUGGAGCAAUGGGGACGCAAUGCAAGGGACCUCACUCCUGAAGAACAGAGCUCAGGCCUUCUGGAGUUUUCCACAAAUGCAUGCGGGGCGAAUAUUAUCGUUAAGUUCCUUGAGAACAAUAAAGACGACGCCAGUCGGCGGCUGCUACUGCAGCUGCUGCUGCCGCAUGUCAGCACCCUAGCAGCAGAUAUGGCAGGCAACUUCAUCGUACAGAAACUUUUCGACAUCUGCCCUCCCGAAGAAAGGAAGAUGAUACACAACCGCAUGCUUCCGGACGUAUUGCGCUUGUCUCUGCGCACUUAUGGGUGCCGCGUUAUCCAAAAAGCUCUUGAUGUAUUGGACGACGAAGAAAGAGUGGAGAUAGCCAAGAAACUGGACGGGAGUGUGCUGAGGUGCAUAGGAGACCAAAAUGGCAACCACGUUAUUCAGAAGUGCAUCGAGAAACUGCCUAAGGGGGGACUGCAGUUUAUUCUUGAUGCCAUCGCUGGAAAGGAGGAACAUCUCGCCUCUCACUGCUACGGCUGUCGCAUUAUUCAGAGGCUGGCGAAAGCCUGCAGCAUAGAGCAGAUAUCGCUCUCCCUGCAGACGCCGGUGCUAGAUGCAGUUAUGGCCUCUCUACCUUCUCUUGCUGAAGACCAAUUUGGGAAUUAUGUAAUUCAACACCUCCUGAGUUACGGCAGAGAGCAAGACAAGCAGGAAAUUUUGGAGUUUCUAAAGAACAACAUGUUUACUUUGGCAAAGCAGAAAUACGCCUGUAAUGUCGUUGAAAAGGCUCUGAGCACCAACACCCUUGGGCGGGCUCAGCCAGAGUUGAUUGCCGUGGCUUUGAAGGCGGACCCCCAGAAGAGGGCCGGGCUGAUAGCGUUGAUGCAGGACCGCUACGGCAACUACGUCGUCCAGCGAAUGACAGAAGUUGCGAAGGGGCAGCAGCGCAAGCAGCUGGUCAAAUGCCUUACCGAGCAGCUGCCGCAUCUCCGCAGCAGCCCAUACGUGUGUGAGUUGGAGUGUGAGUUAGUGGGAAAACACAUUGUGGCUGCAUUAGAGCGUCUGGACAUCAGCGACAGCUGUUCCAGCGAAGCAGCAGGGGAUCCUGCCAGCACCAACGUAGUGCCCGCGCUGCCACUGAGGCGCCGCGGGUCGACACUGCAGCCGCCGCAGCAGCUGCAGCCUCAGCAGCAGGAAACAGGCACAACCUCUCCCCCCGCAGGGCGGCGCAGGACUGUGCCUCAAGACCAAUGCAGUCAGCGCCAAGGGAGGAAGCAGCACUCGUCCCCCCGAGCAGGCAUUCGGCCAAAGGCAGCGAAAAGUGAGGGGGGGGCACAAGACAUAUUCGAUGGGUUGGUGGACCGCACCCUUCCUAUAGAUGGGCGAGGCUCGCAAAAACCCUCAGGAGCGCAGCGCAGUCUUUCUAUCACUACAGCAGGGGCACUGACUUCCCCGCAGCAGCAGCAGCAACAGCAACAGCAACAGCAACGGCAACAGCAACAGCAACAGCAACAGCAACAGCAACAGCAACAGCAACAGCAACAGCCACAACAACAACAACAGCCACAACAACAACAACAACAACAACAACAACAGCAACAACAACAACAACAACCACUACUACAACAACCACAACAACAGCAACAAGCACAGCAACAACAACAGCAGCAACAGCAACAGGAGCAACAACAUCAACAACAACAACAGCAAGAACAACAAAACCAGCAACAACAACCACAACAACAGCAACAGCAACGGCAACAGCAACAGCAACAGCAACAGCAACAGCAGCAGCAGCAGCAGCAGCAGCAACAGCAACAGCAACAGCAACAGCAACAGCAACAGCAACAGCAACAGCAACAGCAACAACAACAACAACAACAACAACCACAACAACAACCACAACUACAACAACCACAACAACAGCAACAAGCACAGCAACAACAACAGCAGCAACAGCAACAGGAGCAACAACAUCAACAACAACAACAACAACAGCAAGAACAACAAAACCAGCAACAACAACCACAACAACAGCAACAACAACAACAUCAACAGCAGCAGCAACGGGUGCUGAUGUUGCUAGAAGGGAGAAGGGACUGUGGCAUUCCCACCUCAGCAGCGGAGGCUGGCCAGAUCCAGGGGCCCAUCAGCCUUCGGACAAAAGACGUCUCUGUGAUGGCAACGGCUGCAGCGAGGCUUUUGUUAACAGACACCCCGCAGCAGACGCAUGCACCUACAGUGCAGAACGCUGGUUGUAUGGAUGGCUUGGGGCUGCCACCUGAUCUGCAGUGCAACCCGGAUGCCGUUGGAUACAAGGCCCAGCGGGUCCCCGCCUCACCAACAGGGGAUUCGCUAGCCUUCAGCGGCGUCGACAGCAGAGGAGGUUCGCGGCCCCCAGCCAGACACAGCACCUUGUCCGACCUGCUGGGCAUUUGGGGCGAUCAGCAGCAGCAACAGCAGCAGCAGCCUUCUCCGUGCAGCACUGCAGACGCCAGCGCCCUCGAGCCGUUCGAGGGACCCGUAGGCGAAAACUCAGGCAGUGCUGUAAGCAGGCGAGAUGACUGGAAGUGGGGACAGACGCCUUUGUUCUUUCACCAGCCCACACCACCUUCUUGGUAG